AUGGUUGUAGUAGACUAAUAAAGUAUAAAGGAUGCCGCCGCUGCGUUAAAACUAAAAUACUCUACAGCAAAAACUAUAUAUAAGAUAUAUAAGAAGGAGAACAGGACAUUUAAGUUCAGUUCACGAUCCAGAAAUCCAGGUGCAUCGCGCGACAUGAUCUAAAAGAUCAAAAAGGCACCAUUACCAUCUUUUAUGCAAAAGUUCUCUGACGCAAACUUGGUUUGCGGAAUUGCGGAUAUAUCAAUUCGCAAUAGAACAAACUAAUUGUAAAAUAUAAACGAAUGA